AUGGGAGCUCAACCAUCGACUGAAGAAAAUGGGAAUAAUUCAAAUAAUAACCGUGUAAAUAUAAAUGAUUCGAAAAUAUCAUCAAUGAACCAAGAAGUUGAUCGAAGUGCUUAUUAUAGAUUGCCAAUUAAAAAUGAGCAGGCCCAGAUUCAGAGUAUGAAAAGUGUUCGAAAGAAAUCGGAAGAGCGGAUGAUGAAUGAGGAAGGAUCGAGUGAGUUUGGGAAACUGUAAAUAUACUUCUGGAAAGAUAAUCUAUCUCCAUUGUUUCCAGAUUCUCCCGAUUCUGAAAAUGAAGACUCGCCUGAAACCGAAUCCGACACUGACAUCAUUUCAAAACUGAGAAUCGAUAAUUCAUUUGAAGCCUCAAGAAAAUACCAAACCCGCACAACUGAAAGAGACAUUCAAGAAGCCUUCAAAAAUCCUCAUUCCACAUUUAUUCAUGCAACUCCAAUCACAAAUAUCGUUUCGGAAAAAAUCCAAAAAGACGGAAUAUUUUUGGAUAAUUGUGAAUAUCGAAUGGCUGAUGAACAAAUAAUUUAUGAGAUUCCAUUGGAAUCAGUUGGUUUGCGAAUGGCGAAAAAUCGAAUAACUCGAUCGAAAAUGGAUCCGUGGAGAAGACAUGGAGCAUUGGUGAAAUUAUGUGAAAUUGGUGGAAGUUAUCCGGAAACAAAAGGACGUGCAAAAGCUCAAAGUUUUUCGUAUAUCAGAAAAGGAACACAGCCACCUCCGCCUCCAAGUUGGUUUUUUUUUCGUAACUUUUAUUUUUAGGGGAGGGAAAGUUUCAAAACAAUUCUUUUUGUUUACUUAAAUUAUGGGAAACCUUUUGAAAUCAGAAUUAUUCAGUGUUAUAAAACUAGAUUUUUAUAACGAAGCUUGUUAAACUUCAAAUUUCAUUUUUCAGAAACAAAUCCAUUGACUUCGGUGGAUGAAUAUAUGACAUUCAAAAAUCCGAGUAGUAAGACUAAAACUAGAGAAUGGUAG